AUGGCGUCCGCACUCACACUUCAGUCCAAGCAGAAGCUGAACAACGGCCUCGAGAUUCCCGUGCUUGCUAUGGAAGACGUAAGUACAACUGCAAACACAUCAAACCAAUUGACAUUGCCAACAUUGAUUGCUAGUGCGCCCGAGCAAGCUGAAGAGGUCACUACUGAAGCUCUCAGAGUCGGCUACCGCCAUGUCGACUCGGCGGCUUCAUACAAGAACGAGGCUGGUGCCGGAGCUGCCAUCCGUGGUGUCAAGGACAUCCCCCGCUCCGAAGUCUUCUUCACCUCCAAGGUUCGCUACAUCAACUACGACGAUGCCGAGGAUCAGGUCAGGGAUACUCUAGAAAAGACCGGCCUCGACUACAUUGAUCUGAUGCUGCUUCACUGCCCCUAUGGCGGCUCGGAGGGCCGCAAAGGCGCCUGGAAGGCCCUCGUCGAGGCCCAAGAGGCUGGUCUGGUCAAGUCCAUUGGCGUCAGCAACUACGGCGUGCACCACCUGGACGAGCUCGAAACGCAUAUCAAGGAGCUAGAGGAAGAGCGCGGCGGCAAAGGCAAGGGCGGCGCCAUCAACGUCGCUCAGUACGAAAUCCAUCCCUGGUGCGCACGCAACGACAUCGUUCAGUGGCUCCAGAAGCGCAACGUCGCUAUCGAGGCUUAUAGCCCUCUAGUCAGAGGUGAGAGAUGGGGCGACAAGACUCUCAAGGCCUUGGCCGAGAAGUAUGGCAAGUCUGAGGCCCAGAUCCUGCUGCGCUGGAGCUUGCAGAAGGGUUACAUCCCUCUCCCCAAGAGUGUGACGCCCACUCGUAUCCUGGAUAACACCAAGAUUUACGAUUUUCAACUGACGGACGAGGACGUCAAAAACUUGGAGACAGACGAGUACUCCCCAGUCUGCUGGGACCCAACUGUUAGCCCCUUGGACGGACCAAAGAGCGGUUGA